CUAGCAGGGGCUGCCGGUCGGGAGUGAGGGGCACCGGCAGGGCUCGGAGGGACCCCGGGGCUGCCGGUCGGGAGUGAGGGGCACCCUCUCGCUCUGUCCCAGUGCAGGGAUGGCCGAGAGGGUGGAGUUCCGGGAGCGGAUCCCCCGGGAGUGCCUGGAGCAGAUGCAGGUCAUCGCCUCCGGUGGGUUCGGCACCAUCUAUCGGGCUCUGCACCGCGACUGGCGCAUCCCCAUCGCCGUGAAGAAACUGAGCCGUGAUACCUGUAGCCGUGAAGAGCUCCUGGCGGAGGCCCGGGCCAUGGACAAAGCUCGUUUUGUCUACAUCCUGCGGCUCUUCGGCCUCUAUGAGGAGGAAGAGGAGGGCUGGAACUCUGGCCCCCGGUUGGGCAUCGUCAUGGAGUACAUGGAGAAUGGCAGCCUGGCCACCUUGCUGGAGAGAGUCAAGCCAGUCCCCUGGCCCCUGCGCUUCCGCCUUCUGCACCAGGUGGCGCUGGGCAUGAAUUACCUGCAUGGGCUUCACCCACCGUUACUGCACCUGGACCUCAAACCCAGCAACGUCCUGCUGAAUUUGGAGCUGCAUGUCCGGCUGGCAGACUUUGGGCUAUCGAAAUUCAAGCGAGUGACCACCAAGCAGGGAACAGAAAGAUCUGGGGAUGAGGAUGACUAUGGGGGUACCCUGGAGUACAUGCCCCCCGAAUCCCUCAUAGACAUCAACUACAAGCCAACGCCAGCCACAGACGUAUACAGUUAUGCCAUCCUCACCUGGUCAGUGUUAACCGGUGAACAGCCUUACUCAAAUCUCCUCCCAAAAUGCAUGAGCUCCCUGCUCCGAAUGCACCUCCCCAGGGGUCAGAGACCCAACAUGGAGGAGCUGAAGGAGAUCACAGGAGUGGAGGGACUGGAGGACAUGAAAGAGUUAAUGAAGAGAUGCUGGCACAAUGACAGCUGGGAAAGACCCACUUUUAAAGACUGCAGCAACGAGACAGAGAAGAUUUUUUCUUGCCACAAGUCCAAAAUCUUGCCGGCUGUGCGUCAGGUGCAGGAUGUGCUGAUGAUGAUGGCCAGUUCUCCCAGCGAUGAGUCCAGACCAUCAGUCAGUGUCCCUACACCUGCUGCGGCUGAGAGCUCCCAUCUCCACACCUUUCCUCCAUCUUCCCUCGGGGUCUCAGAGCAGUGCCAGACACUUCGCUAUGAGGAUCGUCCAUGCAGAGAAGACGAAGCUGUGCUCCAGAGAAACGUGAGGCAGACAGAGCAUCAGCAAGAACCUGGUACCCCUCAGCCCUGCAGUGUGAGCAUGGGUCCCAGGCAGGGAGGACCCAAUAAAGAAGGAGAAGGACCCAAUAAAGGAGAAUUUGGCUCCCCCAAGACAACUUCAUCACAGUUGAGACCCCCAGCCUCAGCAACCUCCCUAUGGGUUCUCAGGUGGCAGCAUAAAUAUCGUUGGGCCUUGCUCGGCAAUACAGAUUGGCCACAACAACAGCAUGAAAGUGACCAAGGUGCGAGUAGAGGAGAAGAAGAAGAAGAAGAAGAAAUAAUGGCUCCUUCACCUCUGAUCUCUAGAUGGUUGUGUGGAGCAUCCCAGCCCUCCCUGCCCCCAGCAGAGAACCCCCCGCCUUAUCUGGUACACACCACUUCCCUCUGCGGGGGGCACGAUGAACCUCAGCCCCCCACCGUCCUGUCCCAAUUCCCAGCUCCCCACUCUCCCCCUGCGGUGGGGAUUCCUGCCCCGGGAGCUGGCAUCUCUGGCCACGGAGGACUUUUGUAGCUGCAGCAUUAAAGCAACAGUGAGACUAACUCAAGCCUGG